UUUCAUUUUGCUGUCAUCUGUCAACAGUAGUGUAGAAAUAUAUUCAUUUAACGCUAGAGCAAGGGUGUUUAUAUUCAGGCUUAAAAAUGAAGUGUUGUCUUACACUCUGCGGAAAUGAUAUUUUUGAACAAAGUGAAUCGAGGGUUGAAGUAAAAACUGUUCUACCAUCUCGAUUUGAUGGCAAAAAUUUUCUUGUCUCUUGGAAUAGAAACGGAGAGGCAAUAUUUCAUCUACCCUGUUGGCAGCGCCUCUUAAAAUCGAAACCAACAACUAAUUACAAAAAACUUGGAGCAAAACGAAGUCGGUUAAACUCUUUAGAAUUGGUGACAAAGCAAGAGAAAAGUCUCAUCCGGGAGGCAAAAAAGACGGCGGAAUUCUUUGAUUCUGCUGAACAAAUAAAAAAGGAGGCCAGUAGAGUAGCAGGAUGGCUGCUUUCUGCAAAACACUGUGUUGUUUUUACAGGAGCUGGGAUAUCUACUGCUGCUGGUAUUGGGGACUACAGAGGCAAAAGUGGAAAAUGGACUGAAAUGGACCAUGAACAAGUGUCAGAUAAAAUAGAACAGAUAUUCGACGUGCAGGGGCCAUCUCCUAGCGAGAGGUGUCACCCAGAGAAGGAACCUCAUAAAGCAGAUCAUGCAUCAGGUGAUGAGGAUCAGGAGGACAGAGGAGAUGAGGGGGUAGAUUAUGAGGAGCUGAGGCCCACCUUCACCCACGAGGCUCUGUGCCGGCUUGUUGACCUGGAUCUUGUGAAGCAUGUGGUCAGUCAGAAUGGGGAUGGACUGCAUGGUUUAUCCGGAAUUUCCAAGGAACAUCUCUCUGAGCUUCAUGGCAAUGUAUUCAUUGAGAAAUGUGAGAAGUGCCACCACAGAUAUGAGCGUACUUUCUAUGUAAUGGAUGACACAGGAAGUCAGUAUUUUGAGGACAUUGAGGAUUAUGGAAAAUCAGAAGUGAAGAAACCGAGGCAUGCUAAACGGUGUGACACAUGUGGACUCUCCCACAGGACAGGAAGGAAGUGUGAACAGAAGGGCUGUAAAGGCUUUCUGAAAGACACCAUUAUUAAUUUUGGCGAUAAUUUGGAGGAAGAGAUUCUAAACCGGGCCUUUGAGCAUGCCCAGCAGUGCGACCUCAUGAUUUGUCUGGGCUCCACCCUCACUGUGACUCCAGCCAAUGAACUCGUAGAGGUCAUCCAAAAAACAGGCCGUCUUGUCAUAUGUAAUAGACAGAAGACGGACUAUGAUGAUGACUGUCUACCCAAAUUUGAUGGGAUCCCGGAGGCGGCUGGUUGUCGUGUUUACGGAGACUGUGAUACAUUUAUCAGGGAGAUUCUCAAGAACGUUAUAGGCGAUGAGAGACUAAAGAGCUGGGAGGGGGACAGGCCACAAAGAAUUGUCAGUUACGAAAAAAAUCGCUGUCAAAAGCACUCCGAUUGAAGGGAAUAAGUCCAGUGCAUUAUUUAAUUUCAAAUAUUUUAGCUCACCUAAACUGCAAGAAAAAGCAGUUAUUUUUGUGACUGAUAUCACUAUUUGUCUAUUUUGCCUCGCCUUCUAUGAGAGUGAUCAACCUGAUAUAUUUCCAUAGUCAGCCAGUAACAAACCUAAUAUUAAUAUAAUAUGAGAAAAAAAAUAAUAUCAGGUGCCUGUGAUAUUUUGCACCUGAAAAUAUUUGAAUUUGUCUUUUAUAUUUAUAUAUUGUUAUUACAGAUGUACAUAUUAUGUAUGUUUAUAAAUCUACAUAAUAAAUAAACCAUUUUGAUUUA